UCCAAUUUCAUAACAGGGUUUCAACUCUCAUAUCUGAACUGAAUGAUUUUAUUUUAUUUUUAACAAAAUCCUCCCUUAUCUUCCAAAAUGCCACUCACCAUCGCCGGUGUCUCAAGUGCGUUGAAUCCAAUGGCAGCAUUUACCCUCUCUUGUUUCACUCCCAAAACCCUAGCCCCUUCUCUUUCUCCCCUUAAACCCUCCUUUACUCCCCUCAUUUCCACCUCGCGAUCAUGGGCUCUAGCACCGUGGCAUUCUGUCAAGGGCAGGAAGCUACAGCAGCCGUUGAUGACCCGAGCCGCGAUGAAUUCGGAUUAUUCCGCGAAGAGGAGCAGCAGUAGCGAGACUAGAGACACAAUAAUGUUACCCGGCUGUGAUUAUAAUCAUUGGUUGAUUGUGAUGGAAUUCCCCAAGGACCCUGCACCUACUAGGGAGCAGAUGAUUGAUACUUACCUCAACACCCUCGCCACUGUCUUGGGCAGCAUGGAAGAGGCAAAGAAGAAUAUGUAUGCAUUCAGUACCACCACAUACACUGGAUUCCAGUGCACUGUUGAUGAGGCCACCUCUGAGAAAUUCAAGGGUUUGCCUGGGGUCCUCUGGGUACUUCCAGACUCAUAUAUAGAUGUGAAAAACAAGGAUUAUGGAGGAGACAAGUAUAUCAAUGGAGAGAUAAUUCCUUGCACUUACCCUACUUAUCAACCAAAGCAAAGAAAUAGUUCAAAGUACGAGAGUAGAAGAUAUGAAAGACGGAGAGAUGGCCCACCUCCUGAACGGAGAAGACCAAGACAAGGGGCAAGUACAUCAGAGCCAGCAUCCGGAUGAGUUAGUGGAGUUUAUGGAUCUGUUAUCUAAUUUUUCUCUGUUUCAAAGUUUCGGUGUUUAAUUUGAACUUUCUUAAUAUAGUUAUAGGCACUUUAAUUCAUUUGCAUGUGGGCUUUUCCUUUUGUAAGGACUUCAGUUAGUACGAUUGUAUAUCUUUUAGUUUAAAGCAUUACCUUAGAUAUCA